UUUUUCUGGCAAAUCCUCGGAGACAUUUGCAAUCAGGCUUACAGGUAAGAACUAUGUUGCCUGGGAGUUUCAGUUCAGAAUGUUCUUGAAAGGGAAGACACUUUGGAAUCAUAUCGACGGCAGUUCUUCAAAGCCUACAGACGUUGAGGAACUUGCGCAAUGGGAAACCAAAGAUGCUCGCAUCAUUUCUUGGAUUUUAGCAACUAUUGAGCCACGUAUGGUCAAUAAUCUGCGUUCUUUUCAUACAGCAAAACAAAUGUGGGAUUACCUGAGACGUAUUUAUCACCAAGAAAAUACUGCGCGGCGCUUUCAACUUGAACUUGAAAUCAGUCAAUUCAGUCAAGGCAGUGCAUGAGGAAACCCAGCGGGAUCAAUUCUUGAUGAAAUUGAGACCAGAGUUUGAGACUGCGCGAGCUGGAUUGUUGAACAGAAAUCCGGUUCCCUCAUUAGAUAUAUGUGUUGGUGAAUUAUUGCGUGAGGAACAAAGGAUGGCUACACAAGCUGCUAUAAGUGGGCAGAAAGAAACGGCUGAUUUGGUCAAUCUGGCCUAUGCUGCUCAAGGGAGGAAUCAUGGGAAAGGGCAAUCACAAUGCUAUAGUUGCAAAGAAUUUGGGCAUAUUGCACGCAAUUGCAAUAAGAAAUUCUGCAACUAUUGCAAACAACAAGGCCACAUUAUCAAAGAGUGUCCUACACGUCCAGAAAAUAGAAAAGCCCAAGCAUUUCAAGCUGUUGCUUCAUCCUCUACUGUUAGUCAGUCAACAAUUACUCCAGAAAUGAUACAACAAAUGAUUCUUUCAGCUUUCUCUGCGCUUGGACUUCAAGGAUCAGGUGUCGGGGAAGGUGAUCGCGAAGGGGCCUAAAGUGGGCAGAAUUUUUCCGCUGCAAUUUUCGAUUCCUAGAACUUUGUCUUUAGCUUCUAUUUUAGUUGAGAAUAAGGCUUCCAUUUGGCAUAAACGCUUAGGUCAUCCGAAUAAUGAGAUUUUAUCAACAUUAAUGAAUCGUGGUUUUCUUGGUAACAAAGAUAAAAGUUUCAAUUUUGAUUGUUCUACCUGUAAGUUGGGGAAGAGUAAAGUUUUACCUUUUCCUACAUCUGGUAGUCAUGCUACUACAUGUUUUGAGAUUAUACAUUCUGAUGUUUGGGGUAUUACUCCUGUUAUCUCACAUGCUCAAUAUAAAUAUUUUGUUACGUUUA